AUGGGUCUUGGUAUGAACCUUCUGCGUGCCCUUGGGGCACCAUUAGCGCUGCCCGUGGACCGGGCCUACCGCACGCCAGUGCCUGAGAACCACUCACAUGACUCGCUGUUGACUAAUCCCAAGGACGAUGCUUACACUGCCCUCUUCGCCAAGCUGGCGUCCAGCCAGCUGGGAGCCGGCGGCGGCAGCGGCGGCGGGGGAGGCAGCGUCGGUCCCACAGCGAACGCACACGACCCCGCCUUUUCAUUCUCUGUCGGCGACCUGAGCGGGAGCGUCACCCGCGGCGCCACCCUCACUGCCUCCUACACCAUCACGGGUCUUACGCUCUCCCUGACCGCCGCCGACGGCCCAGCCAACCUUGUCAAGGCCGAUCGGCGCAAGAACGUCAAGGUGACAGCCGCCAUAAUCGCCGGCACCCUCAACCUCGACAUCACGACCGGCAAGAAGGGAACCUCGGACACCACUACCGCCAGGAUCGACCUUGCAGCCGCGGGGGCUGCUUUCGUCAAGGCGCCUACGUGCCGCCUCAGCCUGCGGUCCAAGACGGCGGACUUCUUCCUGGACUGCGGCUCCCUUGCCCUCCGCCUAAAGCCGCUCGCGCCCGCCUUGGACUACACCGGCAAGCAGAUCACAAUCGCGCUCGGGCUGAGGGCGGCCGCCUUCCAAGCCUCGGCGCCGCUUCGAAGCGCCAAAGCCUACGUCCCACCCGGCACUGGAGGCGGUGGCGGCGGCGCCGGCGGUGGCAGUGGUGGCAGUGGCGGCAGUGGCGGCAGUGGUGGCAGUGGCGGCAGUGGCGGCACUGGCAGCGGCGGCGGCGGCGGCGGCGGCGACCCUUCCCCCUCGCCGCAGCCGUCCCGGUCGCCGGGGCCCGUGGACCCGGAAGCAUCGCCUGACGUGCUGCCGCCCGGGCCCCAGACGGACCCGGUCGCACGCAAUGACGUCGCCCCGUGGUCUUCCAACACGGGCGACUGCCGCGCCUUUGUCCUGCGCAACGACAAGCUGCCCGACGCCGCCAACACGCGCGUCUUCUUGUGCUGCGCGGACGGCGAGUACGUAGAGGUGGACUCAGUCCGGCUGGCGGCCGACGGGCAGUCCGGCCCGACCCGCGGGUGCGAGGCCGAGGACGGCGGGUGGCUGGACUGGGGCACGGACUACGACGGGGACGCGCUGGCCAGCGGCGCGGUGUUCCAGACGCAUUAUUACGUAACAUACACUCCGCCGGGUGGCUACACCGCGGCGUUCACCGGAAAGUUCAGCUACAAGCUGGCGCGGGACGUCGGGCCGGAGAGCACGGCCGCUGUCACCUGCAAGGUUCCAAAACCGACCCCAUGA